UAAAACAUAUAAAAAUGAUAGUGAGCGGCUUUAAUGGCUUUCGACAGUUCGGAGGAAGGCGGAAGUUACAAAAGUUUGAAGAUACGGAAAGCAUACCUGCUGACGAUGCUUCAGCAGAUAUUUUAUUUUCAUGUUCGUGGAAUUGCACGACAUUCGCUUAUGGCAAUAAUUUAUAUCUAAAAGGCUUUUUUGCUGGAAAAACGAAUAAUUUUAGAAAAUUGACAACUAAAGAAAGUAUCACAUCUUUGGCUAUAAAUGAUCGUUUCUGUUUAGUAUUGCUGAGCAAUGGGAAGCUUUAUAAGUUGAGACUUUCUACAAAUAGCGAGUUAGAGGAACUUACUUUUACACCUGAUAAUCACAUUGUGCCACAAAAGCGUGGUAUUUUUGGAGAGUGCAGGAAUGCAAGUUCACCUCCAUUGGAAAUAGAAUUUGUAGCUUGUGGUAAUAAUAUUACCGUAGCCAUUAGCAAUAAAAACGUAGUGUUUAGCGGUACUACUCAAGUUUACGAAUUUCCUCGACAUAUGCAUACCAAGGAAUUGCAAUGUGGCUUUGAACAUGCAGUUCUUCUCAACACGAACGGUGACAUCUAUACGUGGGGCAAUGGUUUAAGAGGCCAAUUGGGACAGGCAAUCCUGGGUAGACAUGAAACUCCUUCUAUAGUAGAAGCCUUAGCAGGUAUUAAAGUGACUGCCAUUGCUGCAGGAGGUUGGCAUUCAGCUGCAAUUUCAGCGUUUGGUGACCUUUAUACUUGGGGCUUUAAUUCAAAUGGCCAGUUAGGUCUACGUGUUUUCAAGAACUCGUCAUCCCCUAUAAAAGAACCAGCCGUGUACCCAUUGCCGCAAAUCAUAGAUCUACCAACAUGUAAUUGCUCAAAAUUGAAUUCGAGCCUUCCGUCCUGUCCACCUAUUAAGGUUGUAGCUGGAGGACGUCACAUUAUAAUCGUAAAAACCUGUGGCGCCUUAUAUGGCUGCGGUUGGAAUGCCCACAACCAAUUAGGCUUAACAUCUGCUCGCGACUUUGUCGAUAAUUUCCAGUACGUCGACUCUAUAUCAAAUGAUCUGAAGAAAUUUAAAGUCUAUUGUGGCAGUUGGUGCACGAUAAUAAAAAAAUAAUUAAUAAGAAUUAUAAACGCAUUUGCUAAUGUUUAUAUGAUCAGAAAUACCUUUUAAUUUUAAGUUUAAUUUUAUUUAACAAACACUUUUUAUCUAUUGCAAGAGGAAUUACUCAUGAGUACUUAUGUGUAAUACGUAGCCAACGUUGUAUGUGUAUAAUUUAAAAACAAUCUUAGCCAGAUAAAAUUGAAGCCAAUUGAAACCGCAUUAUGCCAAUUAUGAUCUCAGACAUGUCUUGCAUGUCAAGCAUGUAAAUGUACCCGGAAUUAGAACAAUAAACACACAAA